UCUCUCCCCCCUCUCCUCUCCCCUCUGAAUCUCAUUGAUCCAGGCGCUGGUAAUUAGCCCUUCCCGUCGUGCCUGUGUAAUGAAGCACAUGCGCACUGAAUUAAUCAGCCAUUUUUUGCAGGAAACUAAUUAGCAGAAUAAAGAUCCAAAGACUUUUUUUCUUGGCGACCAUCAGAUGUGAGUGCGGGCUCCUGGUGUCCGGAGCUUCUCCCCGCUCCCUAUGUGCCCGGGCUGCCCUCCGGAGCCCGCUGCCCGUCUUGUACCGCUCCGGGGCUGAACCCGAGCGGCUUCAUGGGACCCCGAGCCGAGCCGGAGCGGACUAACCCGAGCCGAGCCGAGCCGCGCCGUGCCGAAGCGCGCCCAGGACGCAGCGCCCGAGAGCCCGCAGCCCGAGCCUGUAUCCAGAACAUUUUGGGUGCAAUGAACUCUCCAUGUAGGCCUCGUCAUGGAAGGCUGUGACACUCCUAUCAUCCCUGGGAAAGAUAAUGGAUGCAGCAUUCCUUCUCAACAAUGGACUGAAUGCAACAGCGCCCUUCACCCUGACCAGUCAGGCAACAUGGAGCAGUCCAGUAUGGAAAGCCAUGGGUCUCUGGAAGGCAUAAGGAGCUCAUUUAAUGAAUGCAUCUCUGAGAGCUCUAACCAAGCUGGUGCCAUCUCUGAGUCUACCAGAUCAGUCUGUUGUAACGAAUGUUCAUCUUCCUUUGCUAGUUUGCAGGACUACAUGGAGCAUCACUGUCCUAGUGCGCAGCCCUCUUUUCCAUUGAAAGAGGAGAGCGAGAGUGAUGUGAGUGAGGAAGGGGAAGAAGAAAGUGAUGUGGAGAAUUUGACUGGGGAAAUUGUCUACAGGCCAGAUGGUUCUGCUUAUAUAGUUGAAAGUGUUAGUCAGCUGCUACAAAGUGGUGAAGCCUGUGAUAGCAGUCCUGGCGGGCCUCUUCUUUCUCUCUACACAAACUCCUUGCCCAGUUCCACUGGAAAAUCGGAGGAUUCUCCCUCUGCUGGUUCUGUGUAUCCACAAAUUAUCAACACUUUUCACAUAGCCUCAUCUUUCAGGAAGUGGUUUGAGAGUUCAGACAAGUCUUUCCUGAAUACCUCAGCCCUUACGGGUGUUAGUCCUGUACUGCACAGCUUCCGGGUUUUUGAUGUGCGACACAAAAGCAACAAGGAUUACCUUAACAGUGACGGUUCUGCCAAAAGUUCAUGUGUAUCCAAAGAUGUCCCUAACAAUGUAGACCUGUCCAAAUAUGAUGGCUUUGUGCUGUAUGGUAAGAGGAAACCAAUUCUAAUGUGUUUUUUGUGCAAACUUUCCUUUGGCUAUGUUCGAUCAUUUGUAACCCAUGCUGUGCAUGACCACCGAAUGACUCUAAGUGAGGAUGAGCGGAAGAUUCUUAGUAACAAGAACAUUUCUGCCAUCAUUCAAGGUAUUGGCAAAGAUAAGGAACCACUUGUUAGUUUUCUGGAACCAAAAAACAAAAGCUUUCAGCACCCUUUUGUUUCUUCUGCAAAUCCUACUGGUCCUGGUAAUAGUUUUUAUGGAAAAUUUAGUGGUAUACGAGUGGAGGGGGAAGAGGGUCUGCAAGCUAGUCUAGCACUUCUGCAAGAUAAUGAAGUGGUUUCUAGAGCAGUAGAUCAGACACAGUCUAAUAUAUUGACACAAAAUGCUCUACUUAAUCUUGGGGGGUUGCCUGGUUCUUCCAUUAAUUCCCCAGUAUCCCCAGUGCCCUUAAGCUCCUCAGGCUCUGGCCAAACCAAACAUACCCAUAGCAAAGUUAUAGAAAUGACAGAACUGGAAAAGGAGAACAUUGGAGAACAGGUUAGCCUGUCAGAAAGGGUUGAAAUAGAUGAGGAGCGUGAGGAGGAUGAGGAAGAGGAAAUGGAGGAAGAUGAUGAGGAAGAUUGCAAAACACUGCUUUCUACUGGGCUUGAGGACGAUUUGAUGGACCAGCCUCAGGAUGACACUGGGGCAUUCGCCGGGAGCAGUGGCCAGAAGGACCUGUCUCCCACAAACCAAAGUAUUUCAAACUCUAAUUUAUUGCCUAAUGUGUCCCAGACUUCUGUGAGGGGCAUCACUUCUACUAGUUCUUCUUCCUUUGUUGACUUUGAUGGUGCAAACAAGAGGAAUCAUUUAAGCUUUAAUAAUGAUGGCUUUGGUGCCAGCAUGGCGGAGGAUGGGAGGAAAUUGGACUUUAAUAAUGAAAGUGCCAAUAGGGACAAUGCCACAGCACCUGAACCAAAUGAAAACGCAGAGGGUGAGGAUGGAAAUUUUACCACCCAUCACCAGCAUGUUGAUAUCCCCUGUGAGCUUGGACUAGGGGAAUGUGCUUCUGGGAGUGGAGUGGAGUGUCCAAAGUGUGACACUGUUCUGGGUUCCUCACGCUCACUUGGUGGACACAUGACUAUGAUGCACUCUCGAAACUCAUGCAAGACUCUUAAAUGUCCAAAGUGUAACUGGCAUUAUAAGUACCAGCAGACGCUGGAAGCACACAUGAAGGAGAAGCACCCUGAACCAGGUGGCUCCUGUGUAUACUGCAAAUCUGGACAGCCUCACCCUCGACUUGCCAGAGGAGAGAGCUAUACAUGUGGUUACAAACCUUUUCGUUGUGAGGUAUGUAACUACUCUACCACUACCAAAGGCAACCUCAGUAUUCAUAUGCAGUCGGAUAAGCAUCUUAACAACAUGCAGAACCUGCAGAAUGGAGGUAAUGACCAAGUCUUUAGCCACACUGCCGGAGUUGCAGUUGCUGCUGCCACCGCAGCUGCUGCUGCUGCCUCCAACAUUAGUAAUUCUUGUGGGGCUCCCUCUCCCACUAAACCAAAAACAAAACCCACCUGGCGCUGUGAAGUGUGUGACUAUGAAACCAAUGUUGCAAGGAACCUACGUAUUCACAUGACCAGUGAGAAGCACAUGCAUAAUAUGAUGCUACUUCAGCAGAACAUGACCCAAAUCCAACAUAAUAGGCAUUUAGGUCUCAGCAGCCUGCCCUCUCCUGCUGAGGCCGAGCUCUACCAGUUCUACCUGGCACAAAACAUGAACCUGAAAAUGGAAAAUCCAACUUCAGAGUCCCAAUACAUCAUGGGUGGUUUCCAGCUUGAUGCAACAAGCCCUAUGCCUGGCAUGGCUCCUGCUCUUGUUGGAGGUGAGAUCCCUUUGGACAUGCGGCUUGGUGGCGGACAGCUGGUGUCAGAAGAGCUCAUGAACCUGGGAGAGAGCUUCACACAGACCAAUGAUCCUUCACUAAAACUGUUCCAGUGUGCAGUAUGUAACCGCUUCACCACAGAUAACCUGGAUAUUCUAGGUCUGCACAUGGGUGUAGAACGUAGCCUUCCAGAGGAGGAAUGGAAAGCAGUGGUGGGAGAUUCCUAUCAAUGCAAUCUUUGUCGUUACAACACACAGCUAAAGGCUAACUUCCAGCUGCACUGUAAAACUGACAAACAUGUUCAGAAAUAUCAGCUAGUGGCUCAUAUCAAAGAGGGAGGAAAAGCCAAUGAGUGGAGGCUGAAAUGUGUUGCCAUUGGAAAUCCCAUUCAUCUAAAGUGUAAUGCUUGUGACUACUACACAAACAGUUUGGAGAAACUGCGUCUGCACACCGUAAACUCAAGGCAUGAAGCCAGCCUAAAGCUUUACAAGCACUUGCAACAACAUGAGAAUGGCGCAGAAGGGGAGAACUGGUAUUACCACUGUGUGCUGUGCUCCUACUCCACCAAGGCUAAGUUGAAUUUAAUCCAGCAUGUCCGCUCAAUGAAGCAUCAGCGAAGUGAAAGCCUACGGAAACUGCAGCGCUUACAGAAGGGGCUUCCAGAGGAGGAGGAGGAGUUGGGCCAGAUUUUUACUAUUAGAACAUCGUCGUCACCUGUAGAGACAGAGGAACCCCUAGAAGAUGCUGAGGGCUCAUGUGAUGCUGUCACAGUUGCAGAAGAAUUCCUUAAAGACCCCGAACCUGAAAGUGCAAGGGACAUGAGCAGGGGCGCAGCACCGGCACCAUCUAAUCCCCCUGAGAAAGAUCAGCCUGAUGUCCCUCCAAAGCAUUCAUUUACUGGCAGCACUGAGCAAUCUUUGCCCCCAAAGCAAACAAAGUCCGUGGAGGAAAAGAAACCCGAGCAGGUUUUUCAGUGUCCAUAUUGUAAGUACAGCAAUGCAGAUGUGAAUCGUCUCCGUGUUCAUGCCAUGACCCAACACUCGGUGCAGCCCAUGCUACGCUGCCCUCUCUGCCAAGAUAUGUUAAACAACAAGAUUCACCUGCAGUUGCACCUUACCCACCUACACAGUGUGGCGCCUGAUUGUGUGGAAAAGCUUAUUGUUACAGUGACCUCUCCUGAGAUGAUCAUGCCAAGUACCAUGUUUCUCCCAGUGAAUUCACCAGAGCGAGAGAGAGCAUCUUUAACCUUAACAGGGGAUAAUACAGAGAAACUGUCUGAAUCUGCUGAAGAAAUUUUGAAGACUGCAGCUGUUCCAGAGGAAAUUGAGCUCCGUAUAGAACAGAGUGCUCCUUCAAGUGACCACAGUUCUUCCAGAGAAGACUCUGGUUUCUUGUGCUGGAAAAAAGGAUGCAACCAAGUUUUUAAAACCUCUGCUGCCCUACAAACACAUUUUAAUGAAAUUCACAAUAAGCGCCCACAACUGCCAGUGUCUGAUCGCCAUGUUUACAAGUACCGUUGCAACCAGUGCAGCUUGGCAUUCAAAACCAUUGAAAAGCUUCAACUGCAUUCUCAGUAUCAUGUCAUUCGGGCUGCUACUAUGUGUUGCCUUUGUCAGAGAAGCUUUCGCACAUUUCAGGCCCUAAAAAAGCAUCUUGAGACCAGCCAUCUAGAGUUGAGUGAGUCUGACAUCCAGCAGCUGUACAGUGGGCUUCUAGUAAAUGGAGACAUGAUGACCAUGGGAGAUGCAUCCAUGGCUGAAGACCAGAGUAUGCUUGUGGAUGAUGAUAAAGAAGAUGAAAGUGAUCUGGAAGAAAAACAGAGUCCUACAGGGAGUGACUCAGGAUCUGUACAAGAAGAUUCAGGCUCUGAGCCAAAGAGAGCAUUGCCUUUCCGCAAAGGCCCCAACUUCACCAUGGAGAAAUUUUUGGAUCCCUCUCGUCCCUAUAAGUGCACGGUGUGCAAAGAAUCCUUCACACAAAAAAACAUUUUACUGGUUCAUUACAACUCUGUGUCCCAUCUUCAUAAAUUAAAAAGAGCCUUGCAAGAGUCAACAGUGGGGCAGCCUGAGCCCACUAGCAGUCCAGAUAAUAAGCCUUUUAAGUGCAACACAUGUAAUGUUGCAUAUAGCCAAAGUUCCACCCUAGAGAUUCACAUGAGGUCUGUGUUACAUCAAACCAAAGCACGUGCAGCAAAACUGGAAGCUGCUAGUGGCAGUAGCAAUGGAACAGGCACCAACAGCACCAGCACAUCUUCAAAUUCCACAAUAACGAACCCUACUGUUACAGCUAGUUCAACAUGUGGAACUGCGGUUACCAGUACAGUAAAUUCCAGUUCUAUCAGCCAAAUGCCUAUGGAGACAAUUGGGAACACUGGUGCAAGCAGUGUUUUAUGGCCUUCUGAGCACAAAGAAGUUAAUCGGAAGAAAUUAGCAGAUAUGAUAGCAUCACGACAGCAGCAGCAGCUGCAACAACAACAACAACAAGCCCAGUCGCUGGCCCAGGCACAAGCACAGGUGCAAGCCCAUCUACAACAAGAACUACAGCAGCAAGCUGCCAUCCUUCAGUCCCAGCUGUUAAAUCCAACAAUUCUUCCUCACUUUCCUAUGACAACAGAAACUCUACUUCAGCUUCAACAGCAGCAACACCUGCUUUUCCCAUUUUAUAUCCCUAGUGCAGAUUUUCAGUUUAACCCUGAUGUUAGUUUGCCCCUGACAAGUGGAACACUGACUUUGACUGGAAGUAAUCAUAGUUUGAUAGAAGAUCUUAAACCUACAUUGCAGAUCCCUCAACAGACUCACUCUCAUCACCAGCAUGUCCUGCAACAGCCAGGUCAGAUAUGUAUGUCAGAAUCUCACUCAGUGCUUAUACAAGCUCCAGAACAAAAAAUGAAACCAGUGAAAGAAAAUUUUAAGGAUAUAAAAAAGGAGAAGGAAUUCUAUGAAAAAUUAGAUGAAAACACUGCAAAUGUUGAACCCUUAACGUCUGAGACUGCAAAAUGCAAAAAAGAUCCGUCUGGAUCCUGUUCUGACAACUUUUUGCUUCCUCCUCGCAUUGCAUCAGAUGCACGAGGUAAUGCCACCAAAGCUUUACUUGAAAACUUUGGAUUUGAACUUGUAAUUCAGUAUAAUGAAAACAAGCAGAAAGCCCAGAAGAGGAAUAUAAAAGGAGAUCAAACAGACUGUCUAGACAAACUUGAAUGCAACUCCUGUGGAAAAAUGUUCUCCAAUAUCUUGAUUCUAAAGAGUCACCAGGAGCAUGUUCACCAGAGAUAUCUGCCUUUUAAGCAACUGGAGAAUUUUGCAAAGCAGUAUAGAGAUCAUUAUGAUAAAUUAUAUCCUCUAAGACCUCAAACACCAGAGGCUCCUCCACCUCCUCCUCCACCACCCCCUCCACCUCCUCCUGCGACUCCUCAACCAGCUAUCACCCCAACUAUAGUAAGUUCAGCCCCUCCUGUAACUCCACCCAGCAUUUCACCAGCUCAGUCCUCUGUGUCUUUAGCACAGCUCCCCAUGCCCAUGGAGCUGCCCAUCUUUCCACCACUAAUGAUGCAAACAAUGCCUUUACAGUCCAUGCCAGCACAACUCCAACCACAGCUGGGGCCAGUGGAUACUCUCUCAGCAGACUUAGCUCAGUUGUAUCAGCACCAACUUAAUCCCAGUCUUUUGCAACAGCAGAACAAAAGGCCACGAACCCGAAUUACUGAUGACCAAUUAAGAGUUUUACGUCAGUAUUUUGAUAUUAAUAAUUCUCCAAGUGAAGAACAGAUUAAAGAAAUGGCUGAUAAGUCUGGGUUGCCACAAAAAGUAAUUAAACAUUGGUUUAGAAAUACCCUCUUUAAAGAACGUCAACGCAAUAAAGAUUCCCCUUAUAAUUUUAAUAAUCCACCUAUUACUAGCUUGGAGGAAUUAAAGAUGGACUCCAAGCCUCCUUCCCCAGAACCUCAAAAGCCUGAAUACUGGGGAAGUAAGAGGUCAUCCAGAACUCGCUUUACAGAUUACCAGCUCCGUGUUCUUCAGGACUUUUUUGAUGCCAAUGCUUACCCAAAGGAUGAUGAAUUUGAACAGCUUUCUAAUCUACUAAAUCUUCCUACACGUGUCAUUGUUGUGUGGUUCCAGAAUGCCCGUCAGAAAGCACGAAAGAACUAUGAAAAUCAAGGUGAUGGAAAAGAAGGAGAGAGACGAGAGCUCACCAACGAUCGAUAUAUUCGAACAAGCAAUUUAAACUACCAGUGCAAAAAGUGUAGUUUGGUUUUUCAGCGGAUAUUUGAUCUUAUUAAACAUCAGAAAAAAUUGUGUUAUAAGGAUGAAGAUGAAGAUAUGAAUGAUGAUAGCCAAAAUGAAGACUCCACAGAUGCCACUGAUUUAUUAACACCCUCUAGUUCUACAUGUAGCACACCAAUGACUUUUCCAUCUUUCAGCACUGCAGUCUCAUCAUCUUCAAACACAUCUUGUACUCCUUUCCUUCAACAUACAACUGAUGCAGAAGAUAUCAUCCUUAGUUCAAAAUCAGAGGCUUCUCAUGAUGAUAAACCAAAGCACUUUGAGCCUAUAAGGACGCAGCAAAACCAAACACAAGAACAGCCACAGCAGCCAAAGCAAGAAUCCCAACAGCCACAGUCAACACAGUCACAUCCUCUGCAACAUGACCAAGCAGAGGACAAAAUGAGUGUGACUCCACAGAAAAAUGCACCACUUCCAUCUUCAUCCGCCCAACCUCCUCAGUGUACAGUGACUCAGACAAGCCCAAAUACUACUCAAAUCUCCCAGUUUUCUAUCAAGCCACUUCACACAUCAAGCCCACAACAACUGGCAAACAUACCUCCCCCCCUUUUACCUUACCAAUGUGAUCAGUGUAAACUAGCUUUUCCAUCUUUUGAACACUGGCAGGAACAUCAACAACUACAUUUCCUAAGUGCACAAAACCAGUUCAUCCACCCUCAAUUCCUAGACAGAUCAAUGGAUAUGCCCUUUAUGCUUUUUGACCCCAGUAAUCCACUUCUUGCCAGUCAGCUUCUUUCUGGAGGACUCUCUCAGAUACCUCCUGGGUCAGCAACUUCCCCUUCCACUCCAUCGUCAACAAUGAAUACCCUUAAAAGAAAACUAGAGGAAAAGGCAAAUGCAAGUCCUGGGGAAAAUGAUAGUGGAACUGGUGGAGAAGAACCUCAAAGGGACAAACGCUUAAGAACAACAAUCACUCCAGAGCAGCUGGAGAUUCUGUAUCAAAAAUAUUUGCUAGAUUCAAACCCAACACGUAAAAUGUUAGACCACAUUGCUCAUGAAGUGGGUUUGAAGAAGCGUGUGGUUCAAGUAUGGUUUCAAAACACAAGGGCACGGGAAAGAAAAGGGCAGUUUAGAGCAGUUGGUCCAGCUCAAGCCCAUAGACGCUGCCCAUUUUGCAGAGCACUGUUUAAGGCAAAGACUGCAUUAGAAGCUCACAUUCGUUCACGCCACUGGCAUGAAGCAAAGAGAGCUGGAUACAAUAUGAAUCUGUCUGCCAUGCUCAUUGAUUGUGAUGGCAUCCAAUUAAAGGGGGAUUUCUUUGAUAAUACUGGAUUUAAUAGCCUUCCUCAUAGCAGCGGUGAUGGGCAAUGCAUUUCUUUCUCUCCAGGAAGCAAGUCUAUGGAACUUUCGCCUCGAACAUUGCUCAGCCCAUCAUCUAUCAAAGUUGAAGGGGUAGAAGAUUUUGAAAGUCCUUCAAUGUCUUCUGUCAAUCUGAGCUUUGACCAGACAAAGCUAGACAAUGAUGACUGCUCCUCUGUAAAUACUGCUAUAACUGAUACAACAACGGGAGAUGAAGGAAAUGCUGACAAUGACAGCACAACGGGUAUUAUAGCUGAAACCAAAUCUAUAUCCUUAAACAGUGAUGGCUUGCCAAAAUCUGGCAUGAUAACAAUGUCUGAAUAUGAGGAUCAAAUGUCAUCUGGUUUAGUCAGCCCAGCCCCAAGUUAUUACAGCAAAGAGUUUGAAAAUGAAGGUAUGGUUGAUUACAGUGAAACGUCUAGCCUUGCAGACCCUUGCUCUCCUAGUCCAGGUGCAAGUGGUUCUGCAGGCAAAUCCGGCGAAGACCGACCUGGUCAGAAACGUUUUAGGACUCAAAUGACUAACCUGCAGCUAAAACUUCUUAAAUCAUGCUUUAAUGACUAUAGAACUCCCACCAUGCUAGAGUGUGAAGUACUGGGUAAUGACAUCGGACUGCCAAAGAGAGUUGUCCAGGUCUGGUUUCAAAAUGCCCGAGCAAAGGAUAAGAAGUCAAAAUUAAGUAUGGCCAAGCACUUCGGAAUAAACCAAACAAAUUAUGAGGGACCCAAAACAGAGUGCACUUUGUGUGGUAUAAAGUACAGUGCUCGGCUCUCUGUGCGGGAUCAUAUUUUUUCCCAGCAGCAUAUCUCCAAAGUAAAGGAUGCCAUUGGAAGUCAGCUGGACAAGGAGAAAGAAUAUUUUGAUCCUGCUACAGUUCGUCAGCUGAUGGCCCAACAGGAACUGGACAGAAUUAAAAAGGCCAAUGAGGUUUUGGGUCUGGCAUCCCAACCACAAAAUGUGUUUGAUAACCCAUCAUUGCAAGCACUCAAUCUUCCAGCAGCUUAUCCAGCUCUCCAAGGAAUCCCUCCAGUUCUGCUGCCAGGCCUUAGCAGCCCAUCCCUGCCAGGCUUCACUCCGACUAAUACAGCUUUAAGUUCGCCCAAAUCCAAUAUUAUGGGAGUGUCUAGCACAAAAAUCCCUUCUCCUGGCCUUCCCACUUCUGGACAACCAAAUAAGCAAACCCCAAAAUCUUUAAGCCCCACUGUUCCUUCGCAGUCUCACUCAUUAACUGUUCCCCAGCCACCAGAAAUGCAUAAAGAAAAAGAUGGUGAGAAGGUUAAAGAGAAAGAUAAGGGCAAAGGAAAGGGAGAACUACCACCUGCACCCAAGAAAGAGAAAGUAGAAACUCCAGCAUCAGCCUCCACAUCAUCAUCAGGCAUGGAGUAUGUGGUGGAUUCAGCACAGCUCCAGGCUUUGCAAGCUGCUCUGACAUCAGAUCCCACUGCCCUGCUCACUAGCCAGUUCCUUCCUUAUUUUGUCCCAGGAUUCUCUCCAUACUACAGUACACAGAUGCCUGGGGCCUUGCCGGGUGGAUAUCUGCAACCAAUGUAUGGGAUGGAGAGUCUGUUUCCUUACAACCCUGCCCUGUCUCAAGCUUUGAUGGGUCUGUCUCCUAGCUCCUUGCUGCAGCAGUACCAGCAGUACCAGCAAAGUUUGCAGGAAGCACUGCAGCAACAACAGCGGCAGCUACAAAUGCAACAGAAGCAACAUCACCACCAUCAAAGACUGCAGCAGCAACAGCCCAAAGUAAGCCAAACCCCUGCACCCCCAGUUUCUUCCCCCACUGACAAAGAGCCUGCCAAAGACUCCCCCAAGCAGGAAGAACAGAAUCCUGCAACUGUUGAGGUAUCUCUGUCUAAGCCCCCAGAUCAACAAGAAGUGGAGAACCAAGGUGCAGACUUUCUCUUGGACCCCUUUAUUGUCCCAAAGGUGCAGUACAAGUUGGUCUGUCGGAAGUGUGAGCUGAGCUUCAGCAGCGAGGAGGCGGCUAUCAGCCACCUAAAGUCCCUCUGCUUCUUUGGCCAAUCUGUGGUGAACCUGCAAGAGCUGGUGACAUGCGUCCCCACUGGUGACACUAAUGGCUCUUACCGAUGCUUGGGCUGUGAUGCCACUUUCUGUGGGGGCGAUGCUCUACGUCAACAUCUGGAGUCGCCCUUGCACAAACACCGAACAAUCAAAAGAACAGCAAGAAAUGCCAAAGAGCACCCUAGUUUAUUACCUCACUCUGCCUGCUUCCCCAACCCUGACACCGCAUCUACCUCUCAGUCUGCUGCUGACUCCAAAGCCAGCCACUCACCCACUUAUCCCACAGCUUCUACCCCCAACAGCACCGCAAAGUCUUGGUCUCACAAUUCUCAUAGAAAACCUCCUUCUUUUCCCACACUUUCCUCAUCUUCAACAGUUACCUCAAGUUCUUGCAGCACCUCAGGGGUUGCAUCCUCCUUUCCAACAGACACUUUCUCUGAGGAAUCUGAUUCAGACCUCAGCCAAAAGUCUGAAGGGGCAGGGAGUCCAUUGGACGCUCCUGAGAAUCCAGGCUGUCACGAGGAUAGCUCUCGAACUGCUGUGGGAGUGAGUUCUUUACGCCUGUAGACUUCGAAUAUAGACGAUGAAAAAAUUAAUUAAAUACAAAUUUUAAAUAAUGUUGAAUAAACCAAUUUCACAAAAUACUGCAAAUUCCAAAGCUUCUAACCAAAUAAAGAGGAUCCCUCCUUUCCCGUCAGACAUUUCUUUCCUGCACCCUUUCCCUCUAACAUAUUAUCCCCUCUACCUACAUAUAUAUUGGGGCCCCAUACACAGGAAACUGGGCCCGAAUUCUUUUGUCCCCUUGGAAUUGGUCACCUUGUGGUGGCAACCUUUCUCUGCUCACAUAGCAACGGCUUUGCUAAGAAGAAACCAAUGGAAAUAUUGUGUUAUUCUCAGGUCAAAUGCUCACACCGUGUUCUGGUUCUGGUCUUGGAGUUUUAUAUAUACAUAUAUAUAGAUAGGGAUAUAUAUAUGUGUGUAUAUAUGUAUUUAUUUAAUUUUUUGUUCAAUAACUGAUUUUUUUUAAUUUAGUAUUUGCUAACUUAACUGGGCAGAAAAGUUUCAGGACUGGGGUGAAAAUGCCUCCCAGGGACAGAAUGUUGGGUGAUGUUCAUUCUUUAUAAUUUCUACAUCCAGGAACCACAGCUCAAAAAAUAUAUGCUUAAAAAAAAAAAAUGAACUGACUUUCUGUAUUUCUUGUAGAGGCCACUGAUUCAGGACAGUUUACAGAUGUGGAGUAGAUCAUCAUUCUUUUUUUUCUUAUAGGAAUUAUAUUUUAUGUCAUAUGUUUAUUUGAUGUUGUACUUGGCCUUGAAUACUCUUGUCAUUAAUACAAAAACCCCAAAUCGUAGCUCAUCAACCAAAAAACACACUUCAACCUUCUGCCCUCUAUUUAUUCAUAUGGCAACAAAGCUCUUAUCAGCAGGCGAUUGUCACUGCUAAAUAAAUCCUUUUUUUCUGUAUGGCAUUUUUCCCCCAAUGGGACCUAAAGCUCUUUACAAAUCUAGCGUGCAUUAUGCAAUGCUGUACAUAGUGUUCUUCAGACAUAGUCUCUACCCUUUGAGCUUACAAUCAUUAAAGCCUGAUGGAGGGUUUGAGAAGGAGGGGUUUACUCAUAAAAGGUGUAAAUUUCUCUGUUUGGUGUUUAUAUUCUGCACACUUAUUUCCCUUGCCCCCCCCCCCCCCCCCCAGUCCCCAGUGUUACUUGUUACUCUGUCUAACAUCAUAGGCAGAGAUCUGUUCUGUUUAACAAAAGAAAAAAAAGGCAAACUUUUUGUACGUGUGUAUGUAUAUGCGUGUAUGGGUAUAUAUCUAUACACACACGCAUGUGUAUAUAUGUAUCUAUUAUACAUACUGUGACACAUGUGCACACAUUGUCACUACUUUUUGAAUGAAAUCUGAUGCUUUAAAUAAAAUCCAAAGAGUAGCCUCCCUUGUGUGCUUUGGCUUGGAAGGCUUUGUUUUACUUGAACAUUUGUCUGUACAGUCAACAUAAAAGCUAGUGACCUGAAGGAAACAUUUACUGUUUGUGGCAUCAUCCGGCAUGCACUUGUUGCUAAGGUACCAAGGAAACCCACACUACAUUGUAUUUAUGAUAUCGCCUAAACUGCAUAGUAGCAGGGAGUACAGAAGGGCAGAUAAACACAAAAUCAGGUCAUUCUUUUGUUCUGCAUCUCUGCUGUUCCUCAAGCUGAGGAUGAAUUUUAGUCUCUUCUUUCUAUAGACCUCUAGGAAAAUGAACUUUGAACAUAGUAAAUAGGCACGGCUACAGUAGAGAUUCGAGUUAACACAUGCAAGCCUCAAAUCCUGUUUUUAACAUCUGGCUAGAUUAGACUCUUGGAGAUUAUGGUGUUACACUUUAAGGGGGGAUAUCUGCCCUUAUGGAUUUGUUUUAGCUUAAAAAUGAAGUCCCCAUAUUUCAUAGCCUCCCCUUUGAACUGGCAGAACCCAGGAUCUAUGGCACAUUCCUAUCCUUCUAGGAUUUUACAAGCUGCACAGAUUUGUGUGUGUGGGGGGGGGGGGGAAGAGAUUAAACAAGUAAAGGGAUUAUUUAUUAUCUCCAUGUGUUUUGUAAUGUAAAAUUAAUUUAUUAUCAUCCGACUGAUGAAACUGUCACACGUGCACACCCGCUGCCAGCCAUUUACCAAACGAUUGGGUACUUUAACAUUUCAAAAGCUGUUGUUUAUGAAAGGGCUAAUUGUGUUGCUAAUAAAAGGCUACAGCAUUCUAACAGUAGAAAUUGACUCAACAGACAUCGGUCUCAAUGUUUGUUUCUGGUUAAUCUUCAUUAAUGCAGGGAGGCUUUGAUCAUGGCCACGCCAUAUUACAAGAGCUGUUAAAAGCAAUUCGGCCUUGUCCAGUGUUAGAAAAACAAAAAGAUUUGGCUUACAUGUGAAAUGUGCAUCCUCUAUUGCCUCUAAUACUGUGACAGAUACCUUUCCGAAGGUCAUUUUUGUUUUAGAAGCAGAUUUCCAAGACUCCAUUGGUAUCAAAGCCCAUAACCAUUGGUUGGUUUCCAAGUCACUUGUUCUUUAGGUUACCUAUUUAUAUUAGGUGUUUAGCAGCUUCCAGGGGUUCUAUAUGAAAGCAGUUACAAUUAAGUUGUUCUUUUUAAGCACUUUUGAAGCAGCAUUUUAAUAUAUAGAUAUAUAUUUCAUGUAUUUGAAUCAGUUACAGUAGUGAACAUUAUUGUUUUGGGAGUAGACUGAAUUAUAUGCUUCAGCCUGUUCUCUGUUGCUGUUGUUUUAUCUGUGUUCUGUUUGUCUAAUUCCCCUUUCCAUUGAUUCUAUGCUGUGCAUAGAGUGAUCAUUAUCUGCAGGGCAGUGCUUUUUCCUUGAGAUUGUCGCUGGUGUGGGUGUAGGGAGCCCUAAGCCAGUAGCAAGGCAUAUCUCUGCAAUGUUGUUACAUCAUACUCUGCCAGUGGAUACUCUCGUGUUUUUUUUUGUUUUUUGUUGUUUUGUUAUUUUAAUCCAAAUUGUCUCACAUUUCAUGUACAGCUGCCUGUGUAAGUAAACUGAUAUAUCCUGUAAAGCAGUAGAACUUGAACAACUCUUCAGACUUACAUUUUUGCGUGGGCUACUGCGAAAAUAUCACUUCCCAUUGCACUUCAGUGGGCAUUUCUUGAGCAAGGGCGCACUGCUCAUUUAGACGGCCUGAGCUGAAGAAAGUUCAUUAGAUUGGGCGUUGGCAGAGUGUCUUGAGGCCCAGACAAACCUGGUUCCUGGUUUCUUGACCUUGAAGCAAAGACGGAGGACAUCACGGAUAACUUUUCUGAGCAAGCACUGACCUUUUUAUUUCUUUUUUAUAUUAAACAUAUUUAUAUAUUUGAAAGUGGCCAAAUCUCGACACAUCAAAGGUGUUUUAAAUAAAGUUGUAUUAAUGACAGCAA